AUGUCCUCCUCAUCUGAUACCAGCCGAGAGGGUGAGUCCUCAAAAUGGUUGGAUGCCCAUUAUGAUCCUGUUGCUGGUCUGAGUUCAUUAUCAUCCUGCAUUGCUCUUGCUGAUUUACAUGGGGAUGGCGAGUAUAAGAUGGUGGUGGGUGACCUGGGCAGCGGGCCCUAUAACAUGAAGCUGAAAGUGUAUAAAGGCACAAGUUUGUUGUCAGAAAAUGCCUUGCUUGACAUGCCAACUGGCGUUGUGGCUUUCCUGAUGGAUCAGAAUGAGCCACGAACACCAGCUGUGGCCGUGGCUUCUGGACCUUUCAUAUAUGUAUACAAGAAUUUGAGACCCUACUUUAAGUUUACCCUGCCAGCACUGGAAGUCAAUGCCCUGGAGAAGGAAGUCUGGGAUCAAGCUAAAGAGGACAGAAUAGAUCCAUUGACUUUAAAAGAGAUGCUUGAGGGAAUCAGGGAUAAAGCAGAGAUUCCUCUUUCAGUGAGAUCACUCCGGUUCCUGAUGCUUGAUCCUCAAGAAAUGGAGGCCUUUGUAAAUACAUAUAAACAGUUACCUCUGAAACGACAGACUGUGAUCACAUGUAUGGCAACUCUGAAGAAGAACAUGGCAGAUGAGGAUGCUGUGUGCUGUCUUGUUAUCGGUACAGAAAGUGAAGAAAUAUUUAUACUGGAUCCAGAGGCGUUUACUAUUCUUACUCGAGUCAGUCUUCCCAGUGUACCCACUCUUCUGGAUGUGAAUGGACAGUAUGACAUUGAAUACCGUGUCACAGUAGCUUGCCGUAAUGGCAAUGUCUACAUUCUACGUAGAGACUCCAAGCGUCCCAAAUACAGCAUUGAACUGAGUGCACAGGUGGUAGGAUUGCUCCGUGUCCAGAAAAAUAUAAUUAUUGGAACAUCUCAGGAGACUUUGCAUGGAUACUCACAAAAAGGAAAGAGGCUGUGGACAGUUACCCUCCCUGCAUCCAUUAUGACAAUGUCUUUGCUGGAGCAGAAGUCGCGCAGUAUUCAGGCUGUGUUGGUGGGGCUGAAGAAUCUGGAAGUUCACCUGUAUAGAGAUAAGAAUCUGCUGAGUGUUAUUUCUACCCCAGACAUAGUGACCAGCCUGUGCUUUGGAAGAUACGGAAGAGAAGAUGACACUUUAAUCAUGACUACAAAAGGAGGAGGACUCAUUAUUAAGAUCUUGAAAAGGACUGCUCAGUUUGAGGAAAAGGAUACAUCUUCUGGUCCCCCUAUUGGACAGAGCAUCAAACUUAAUGUCCCCAAGAAAACCAAACUUUAUGUAGACCAGACCCUGCGGGAGAGAGAGAAUGCUGUGGCUAUGCACCGUGUAUUUCAAAUGGAUUUGUACCGCCUACGUCUUAAUGCUGCCCGAGCGUAUGUUAAGGCUCUGGAUGCUAGCCUUACACCAGUAUCUUCAACCAUGCAAGAACCUCUUACACUUAAUGCUAUUGUACAGGGUAUUGGUCCUCGUUUCAAACUGAUUCUUAACUUACAGAACACAUCACAGAACCGGCCAUCCAUGCAGCUUUUAAUUAGUUUCCUGUAUGAUGAACGACUAUACCAGUUAAAGCCAGCAUUUUUCAAGAUUCCACUUCUGGUUCCUGGUUUAAACUAUCCAAUUGAGACAUUCAUUGAGUGCUGCUCUGAUAAAGGCAUUUCUGAUAUCAUUAAGGUAAUUUUCGGUAUCUGUUAA